GGCGGGACUUCCGGGACCGCGGUUGCAUCAGAUUUUGUGAAGCUGUCGCUCCGGGAUUCCGAGGAUGGCAGGUUCCUCCGGGGAGCAGGCUCCCGCCUACACGUCCAUCCUGGGCAUUAGUGACGAGGCCGCCCGGGUGCGGGCGCUGAACGAGCACCUGAGCACACGUAGCUAUGUCCACGGCUACUCCCUGUCCCAGGCAGACGUGGACGUGUUCAGGCAGCUCUCGGCCCCUCCCACGGACGUGCAGCUCUUCCACGUGGCUCGGUGGUUCAGGCACAUAGAAGCCGUGCUGGGCGGCGUCCGUGGCGUCGGCGAGCCCCAUGGGCUCCAGGCAAGUAAAGGGCGGCGGCAGCCCCAGUGGUCUCCUCCGACCGGGUCUGAGCCAUGCAAGCUACGCCUGUACAACAGCCUCACCCGGAACAAGGAUGUGUUUAUACCUCAAAACGGGAAUAGAGUGACGUGGUACUGCUGUGGGCCGACUGUCUACGACGCGUCGCACAUGGGACACGCCAGGUCCUACAUCUCCUUCGACAUCCUGAGAAGAGUGCUGAGGGAUUACUUCAAAUUUGACGUCUUUUAUUGCAUGAACAUCACGGACAUCGACGAUAAGAUCAUCAAGAGGGCGCGGCAGAACUGCUUGUUUGAGCGGUAUCGGGAGAGGCGCCCCCCCGCUGCCCAGCUCCUGGAGGACGUUCACACCGCCCUGAAGUCGUUCUCGGUAAAGUUAGACGAGACCACAGACCCCGACAAAAAGCAGAUGCUGGAGCGCGUGCAGCUCGCCGUGCAGCUGGCUGCCGCGCCGCUGGAGGAAGCUAUGAGGUCCAACCUGGCGGCUGAGGACAUCGCCCGCCGAGCACAGGUGUUGUUGGAAGAAGCAAAGGAUUUGCUUUCCGACUGGCUGGACUGCACGCUGGGCAGCGAGGUGACGGACAAUUCCAUUUUCUCCAAGCUGCCCAAGUUCUGGGAAGGGGAAUUCCACAAAGACAUGGAAGCCCUGAACGUUCUACCUCCAGACGUCUUAACCCGGGUUAGUGAGUAUGUGCCAGAGAUCGUGAACUUCGUCCAGAAGAUUGUGGACAAUGGCUACGGCUAUGCUUCAAACGGGUCCGUCUACUUUGACACGGCAAAGUUCGCUUCUAGUGAGAGACACUCGUACGGGAAGCUGGUGCCUGAGGCUGUCGGGGACCAGAAGGCCCUGCAGGAGGGGGAAGGCGACCUGAGCAUCUCGGCAGACCGUUUGAGUGAGAAGCGGUCCCCCAGUGACUUUGCCCUGUGGAAAGCCUCCAAGCCGGGGGAGCCGUCCUGGCCGUGCCCGUGGGGAAAGGGGCGUCCAGGGUGGCACAUCGAAUGCUCUGCCAUGGCGGGCACCCUCCUGGGAGCCUCAAUGGAUAUUCACGGAGGGGGCUUCGACCUCCGCUUCCCCCACCACGACAACGAGCUGGCGCAGUCUGAGGCCUACUUUGAAAAUGACUGCUGGGUCCGCUACUUCCUGCACACUGGCCACCUGACAAUUGCAGGCUGUAAAAUGUCAAAAUCGCUCAAGAACUUCAUCACCAUUAAAGACGCCUUGAAGCAGCACUCAGCACGGCAGCUCCGCUUGGCGUUCCUCAUGCACUCGUGGAAGGACACGCUGGACUAUUCGAGCAACACCAUGGAGUCGGCUCUGCAGUUUGAGAAGUUCAUGAACGAGUUUUUCUUAAAUGUGAAAGACAUCCUUCGCGCUCCUGUAGAUAUCACCGGCCAGUUUGAAAAGUGGGAAGAGGAGGAAGCGGAGCUGAACGAGAGCUUUUACAGCAAGAAGGCAGCAGUGCACGCGGCCCUCUGUGACAACGUCGACACGCGCACCGUCUUGGAAGAGAUGCGAGCUCUGGUCAGCCAGUGCAACUUGUAUAUGGCCGCCCGCAAGGCCGCAAGGCGGAGGCCCAACCGGGCCCUGCUGGAGACCGUCGCCCUGUACCUCACCCACAUGCUGAAGAUCUUUGGGGCCAUCGAAGAGGAAAGUUCCCUAGGUUUCCCGGUCGGAGGACCUGGCACCAGCCUCAACCUCGAGUCCACAGUCAUGCCGUACCUUCAGGUGCUGUCGGAGUUCAGAGAAGGGGUGCGGAAGAUUGCCCGAGAGAAGAAAGUCCCUGAGGUCCUGCAGCUCAGCGACGCCCUGCGGGACGACAUCCUGCCCGAGCUUGGAGUGAGGUUGGAAGAUCACGAAGGGCUGCCGACCGUGGUCAAGCUGGUGGACAGAGAAAUGUUACUGAAAGAGAGAGAAGAAAAGAAAAGGGUUGAAGAGGAGAAGAGGAAGAAGAAAGAGGAGGCCGCCAAGAGAAAACAAGAACAGGAGGCCGCCAAGCUGGCCAAGAUGAAGAUCCCGCCCAGUGAGAUGUUCCUGUCAGAAAGCGACAAAUAUUCCAAGUUUGACGAAAACGGCCUGCCCACACACGACACGGAAGGCAAGGAGCUGAGCAAAGGACAAGCCAAGAAGCUGAAGAAGCUCUUUGAAGCUCAGGAAAAGCUGCACAAGGAGUAUCUGCAGAUGGUUCAAAACGGAGGCCCUGAAUGAACUGGCUGAGCAUCCAGUCUGAGCCCUGCAUCCUGAGCCCGUGCUCUGCUCCUGUGGACAGCAGCCCUCAGUUCUAAGAAUUGUGUUCAUGGGGCCCACGCCAUCAACGGCUCUGAGACGUCGCUAAUAAAGUCUUCCCCUCAGGGAGGCCGGGCGCUUUCUCUGUGUCACCUGCAUGCAGCACCAGGGGGGCAGCCAGCGGGCGGCUGGCUCAGCAGGUCAGCCUGCAGUGCUCGGGCUGCUGGGUCAGCUGAGCUGCCCCCACCCGCCGCCGGCCUAGAAUCGCUCCUGCAGUCACAGUGCUGGCCGCUGAUUUCUGGGGUGUGCACAUUGGGAGGUAUUAGAGUAGGAAAAAGGCAGGCUCAAACCGACCGAGCCCACUGAGCCCCACACAAAAGGGUUCUGAUGAGCCAGCGCUGCUGUCCCCACCGCAGCCCCACGCUCGGGCUGCACAGGGCUGGCUGGCUCAGCACUGCCGUGGGUCCAGCAUCUGUCAGCUGACAGCUGAGAUAAGGGGCAGGUCUCAGCACAGCAGAGCAGUUGUUUGUCACCAGGCCCCAGUGGGGCGUGCCUGCGUGCACCCUGCUCAUGCAUUCUCGCCCGCUGGGGUCAGACUCUGCACCUGAACUCUAGCAGCUUCGCCCUUCUUGAAAGAGGGUGCUGGCAGAGCCAGGACCCGCUCCACGCCUGCAAAAGCCUGGCAUCCGCUCAGCUCCAUCGAGACAAACGAUCAAGUCACCGGUGCUGGGAACACCGGUGUUGGAAAUCACUGUCCGUUCCCCGGUGUCAGUGAUGGCAGUGCAAAGCCACACAACCCCUGGGGGCCAGUUUGGAGGGCCCAGCUGUGGGCAUGCUUGUCCUUUGUCCCUUGGUCCCUUGUAUGACACUGCCUGAAAGACACAGCUGCACAGUGUGAUGUGAAAUGUGCAUGUGCUGCUCGCUGCAGUGUCGGGACCGGCUGUCAACGGAGUCCUGGGAGCACCCAGUCCCACGUGAGAAUGAUGGCUGUGAGACAGAGAGCUCGGGCUCUGGGUAUCGAUCUGCCCCACUGCUGAACCUCAGAAACGUUUCACAUACAAAAAAUUAAACCAGUAAGGAAAA